AGAGAUCGAGACUACGUGUACCGCGAAUUUUCCUCGGAAUUUGAAGUCCGGUUCCAAGAUCCACGACGAUGUAUGACUUCAAAACUGUGUGAAUUUGUAAAAAGGUUAGCAAAUAGCCAAUCAUGGCAGUUGCUGGAAAAGUGAAGGCAAUUGACCGGCGGUCGGUCCAUCAAAUCUGCUCGGGUCAAGUUGUCCUUAAUCUUGCUACAGCUAUCAAAGAACUUGUAGAGAAUAGUCUGGAUGCAGGAGCUACUAUUAUUGAAAUCAAAUUGAAGGACUAUGGAAGUGAGAGUCUGGAGGUAUCUGACAAUGGUUCCGGAGUCGAGCAAUCCAACUUCUCAGGACUCACUCUUAAGCACCACACGUCCAAGCUUCAUGAUUUCUCAGACCUGAGCACUGUAGACACUUUUGGUUUUAGAGGAGAGGCUCUCAGCUCAUUAUGUGCACUGAGUGAUUUGAGUAUAGUGACUUGCCACCAUUCUGCUUCAGUUGGGACUAAGCUGGUGUAUGAUCAUGAUGGCAAGAUCCUCAAGCAAGUCCCUUGUCCCAGACAGCAAGGAACGACAGUAACACUUCAGAAUCUGUUCUCCACCCUACCAGUCAGACACAAGGAAUUCCUGAGAAACUUGAAAAAGGAGUUUACCAAGAUGGUCCAGGUUUUACAAGCAUAUUGCAUCAUUGCCUCUGGGGUCAAGUUAACCUGUUCCAAUCAAACAGAUAAGGGAAAGAAAUCUUUGGUUGUAUCUACCAAUGGGACUUCAACGAUGAGAGAAAACGUUGCCAAUGUCUUUGGAUCCAAGCAGUUGCAGAGUCUGUUGGAGUUUGACCAGUGCAAGCCAACCCCAGAACUGUGUGAGGAGUAUGGUAUUAAACCAGAACGAAUUGAGAAGAUCCCUUUCAGUUUAUCUGGUUUUGUGUCCAAGUGUGACCAUGGUCAAGGUCGCAGUUCAGCAGAUAGACAGUACUACUUCAUAAACAGAAGACCCUGUGACUUUCCUAAGGUCAGCAAACUGAUCAAUGAAGUGUUUCACAUGUACAACAGACAUCAGUACCCUUUUGUUGUGAUGGAUAUCACCCUUGCCAAAGAUGCAGUUGAUGUGAAUGUAACUCCUGAUAAAAGGAAAGUACUGGUCCAGGAGGAGAAAACUCUUCUUGCUAUUCUGAAGGCAUCGCUCCAGGUCAUGUUUGAGCCACGAUCGUCCUCGUACGACGUCAACAAGAAGCCCCUGUCAGCGGUCACCAUGUCCAGCUUGUCCCUCUCCAACAUGUUUGGCCGGAGUCCAAGUAGCAGCCAGGGCAGUGGCCUGAGCAGUAGCCAAUCCAGUACCGAUAGCCCGAGAAGUAGUCAGGUCAGCAGUCCUGGGAGCAGUCUUGGCUGCAGUCGCUUGAGUAGUCAAGGGAGUCCUUGCUCCAGGCCAGGCAGCCAGAGGGACGGCAGGAGACCAGGGACACUCAACCUGGCCAACCUCAAAAGGUCAUUUUCCCAUUCAAGCCAAGAGCAUAGCGAGGAAGAAGGGAGACAAUCCAAACAGCCCAAAUUGGAUGCCUUCUUUCAAAGAUCUCAAGAAUCAACGGAUGGGUUGGAUUGCAUGGAAACCCUACAGGAAAUGAGUCCAGAGACAAUGCUCAGUGAUUCCGCAGACAGAGUUCCUCCAAGCUUUGAUGAGAGGGAGUCUUCAGGAACUCUCAAAGACACUCUACCUCCCUGUACCAUCUCAUUUGACAAUGGCAGGACUGACCAUGGAGGUGCUGAAAGUUGUAGCGAUCCUAUCAUUUCUCUCAAACAUAGUAUACGUCCCGCAUGUGCCGAGAGUGAGGAAGUAGGAAUCUCACCACUUCAGCAAGGAUCACAUGACCAACCAUGUGAUGGAUCAUAUGACUCGCCAUGUGAUGAAAAGAGGAGCAAUGCCUGCAAAGUGGAGGUGUGUUCACCUUCAGGAGUGGCCCUGUUGAGGUCGGACAGUGAGAGUGGUAUCUGUGAAUCUUCAGCCGGUGGCAGCGGUGGGAUUGAGUCUAGUGUGGAGAGUCGGGUCAGAAAUGUUCAAGGACAUAGUGAAAGGACCCAAGAAGGCACUGUGCAUGAUACCAUCUCACACGUGGGAAGCAGGAUGGUAGACGGAGGCAGCAAAAGAAUACUUAUUCAUAGAACGGAUGAUGACACUGCUUCAUCUGAUUCUGGUCAGAGGAGAGAGAUCACCGUUCCAUUGUCCAUAGCUGGUCUGAGAAGGGCUCGAGAACAAAAAGAGAUGCAAGAAAGAGAGCAAGGCAUUCCUGGUCGAACCUUCCGAGCCAAGAUCGCCCCUUCGGACAAUGCCUCAGCCGAAGAAGAACUCAGUAGAGAAAUCAGCAAAGAUAUGUUUGCUGAGAUGGAAAUACUUGGUCAGUUCAAUCUUGGAUUCAUCAUCGCUAAACUUGGACAAGAUCUAUUCAUCAUUGAUCAGCAUGCCACUGAUGAAAAGUACAAUUUUGAGACUUUGCAGAAGCACACGAUACUACAAGGACAAAGACUUAUUCAACCAUUUCCAUUGGAGCUGACUGCUGUCAAUGAGUCUAUUUUAAUGGAUAACCUGGAGAUCUUCAAGAAGAACGGGUUCGAUUUCAUCAUUGAUGAAGACGGUCGUCCUACGGAGAGAGUCAAGCUAGUGUCCCAACCCUUUAGUAAGAACUGGACGUUUGGAAAAGACGAUAUCGAUGAACUCAUCUUUAUGCUCAGCGAUGCUCCGGGUGUCCACUGUAGACCCACCAAGGUCCGUGCGAUGUUCGCAUCCAGAUCGUGUCGUAAAUCCAUCAUGAUCGGCACUGCACUGAACAAAGCAGAGAUGAAAAAGUUGGUUUGCCACAUGGGUGAAUUGGAACAGCCGUGGAACUGUCCCCACGGUCGUCCCACCAUGCGUCAUCUCUUCAACCUCAACAUGAUGCCCGAUUGAUAAACAUAAAUCACAAUGGUUGGGACUAAAGGAUUUUUUUUCUUCGCUGCCCAAUUGAUAAACAUAAAUCAUAAUGAGUAGGACUGAAGUAUUAUCCCUGCUACAAAAUACAGUACUUCUUGUCUGUCAGUCUUAUGGGAGCAUUGCGAGAAACUUGUGAUUAAUUGCAAGCUGUUUUGGGGUCCUAAAUAAAUCAUGUCUUUCAAUUAAUUGCAAAUUUGCACUUGAUUGCUCAUCUGCUUCUUGAAAUGAGUGUUGAUUAUAUAUAGCUAAAGUUGAUUGUAUCAAUAGUACUAAAAUUUAAUUUGUAUUACUUUCUUGCAACACCCCUUGAAUGAAAUGUUAAAGGGAUGGUCCGGGCUGAAAGUAUUUAUAGCUUACUAAAUAGAGUAGAAUUCACUGAGCAAAAUGCCAAAAAUUUCAUAAAAAUCAGAUAACAAAUAACCAAGUUAUUGAAUUUUAAAGUCAUGAAUAUUCAUUAGGUGGGCUAAUGAUUUCACAUCUCCACUUGUUCUUUUGUAUUUUAUUAUAUGAAAUUAGGUUUAUUCAAAUGUUUUCCCCCAAGAAUUAGAAAAAUUGGAUUGACAACUGAUUUAGUGCAUUAGAUAUCUAUUGCUGCAACUUAUUUCAUUAUAAGGGAGACAUAUUAUUCACAUAAGUAUGAAAUAAUGAAAAAAUUAUGAUUUUAUGUAAUAACAUAAGAAAACGGAAGGUGGAGAUGUGACAUCAUCAGCCCUCCUAAUGAAUAUUCAUGACGACUGUUUUCACAAAAUAUUGCUAAACUUUAAACUUCAAUAACUUAAUUAUUUGUUAUCCGAUUUUGAUGAAAUUUUCUGCAUUUUGCUCAGUGAAUUCUACUCUAUGUAUCAAGAUAUGUUUUCAGCCCAAACCAUCCCUUUAAAGCCCUGCUACCCGUCCUCCAAUUAUUAUCCUACCGUAAUUCAUGAAAUCAACAAAACCUCCUCAAUUGAAAAAGUGAUUGAAAAAUGUAUGACGAUUCAUUUUAUUUCUCUGAUGAUUAAUAUCAGAAUAUAUAUAUAUAUAUAUAUAUAUAUUAUAAAUACUCUAUUACAUGAUUUUCAAACACAGUAAGAAAUUGCAUAGCCACAGAAAGAAACAAGGCCUAAAUGCUGAACAAAACAAGUUUUUGCAACCGCGAUGCAGAACACUUUUGGGAACACAGAGAAUGUAUUUUAAGACCCCCUUCAUGACAAUGAAGUCUCUGUCGAGGGUUGGUGAAUCGAAAGGGCAGUUUCGUCCCUGGACACUGGAAAUACAACGUAUUUGCCAUUUGUAGUCAGCUCCAAAGCAGGAUGAAACCGCUGUGAUUCACCAAUUUUCGACAAUGACCUCCAGGCUGUUCAUUUUGAUUUGACUGGCGCUUUCAAUACAUUUGCUAUGCUCUUGGAUUCAUUCUGCAUCACAGUGCAAAAACUCCCUAUUAUUCAGAUAAAGCCUCACUUGUAAGAAUGAGAAACAUAAAUAACGAAAGAUGCCAUGAACACCAAGGCAUUACAUAGAGAAAAGUCACAUGAAAAUAGCAUUCAUAUUAAAGGUUGCAUCAACUAUAUGCAGUAUAGUCUCCUACCCAGCUUGUUACACUGGACUUCUGUCAUUAUACUUGUUACUAAGCCAUUCAAAAGCUAGUUAUUACUUUUUCCAUUAACAUGAUUUUUUUAAUUGCAAGAUUAAUAUUGGCAUUUAAAAGUAAUGAUUAUUGGUUGGAAUUUUAAUUGGCGAUGAAAAAUGCCCAAACACUUACUAAACUGAAAUUUGAAUAAUUUUUAAGAAAAAAGUUCUGAAUGAGAUGAAUCGUUUAAUACUGAUGUCAACACAGACUCAUAAAUACUGUACAUGUACUUGAUAUUAAUGAUACACAUGAAGUAGAGUAUUUAUCUAAAAUUAGGAGUACAAUUAUAUGACUAAGCAUAGAAAACAAAUGCUAACAUCACAUCAAGAAAGAAUAAUUGGAAGGGAGAAUCAAAUCUGGGAUUUCUUUCAUAAAACCAGUUUUAUAUCACAGAUACUAGAUAUGUAUGAAUUAUAUAUCCGAGAUAUUUUACUUUGUAAAAGAAUUUUGAAAUAUGAUCCAAUCAUGAAUUCUGAUAUAAAAUUGAAGCUUUAUGAAUGAAAUAUUACAGAAGAUUUUAAAGGAAUGCUUUGUACAUGUAAUUCUAACAGGUCUGCACAGGUGGAGAUUACAUUUUGUUACUCGGAAGCCAUGAGCAAGGUAAUAUUUUUGUAGGCUGUUCUUAAUACUGUAUUCAUAAUAACCUGCUUUUAAUGAAAGAAUUGUUAAUAAAAAUGAAUUCAAAACCUC